AUGAGGAAGCUCAGCCGGGCUCUUCUGACGAAAAGCCAAGAAAUCCGAACUCGCCAUUCAUCCUUUGGUCCCGACGCGUCACCGAAAAUGCAACUCAUGGCACAUGUUCUCUAUUUGUUUUCUUUUCAAUUGGCUGUAGAGUUUCAGGUAUUAUUUCAAACGCCAGUGAUGUUUACAAAACUUCGGGGGACGAGACCUAGACAGGAGAAGUGUUUGAUGGCGAUAUCACUGCCGGUGACGGCGUUAACCAGUUACACGUUUCUGUGGGCAGAUUUGUACACUCGCAAAACGGCCACACAUUCUCGUUACACCGACAAGGACGCUUGGAACGCAACGCUUCUGGGGAGUCGGCAUGACGAAAAGGUUACUGACUCUAGUAGCUUACUGGCAUGCGGCAGUCCUUUUGAUUUCCAUGAAUACAGAGGCGAAUUCUCUGGCUUGAUGGCAAGAUCGAAUAGUUUGCCUGCAUUGGCUACGCGAGGACAAGCUAGCGUGACUCGGCAGUUGAGGAACUUGCAGCGCAGAACUUGCAAGCGUUCUUCAGCGUCGCGACGUUCAGCAGUUAACGGCGAUCCCUCCUGCAUGCUACAUCUCUUGAUGUGUCACGAGCUCUGUCAUUGA